AUGCCCGCGCUUCCUCCAUCGGCGACGAUACCCUCAGGGCAUCAUCUCUCCGUUCGCCAAAAUGACGAAUCAAGCGUCUCCUUCACUGCCAUCCCCACGGCCUACAAGAAUUCCGAGGACUCCCUGGCCCCCGGUGUCGUCGCUGGCAUCGUCCUUGGCUCCGUCGCCGGCUUCCUCCUCCUAUUAUACCUCAUUUACAUGAUCCUCCAUCGUGGGCCCGUCGGCAGACCUAUGGACGGUGCAUCGACCGUCGUCUCCGGAGGGCCCAUGAGCACCGUUACCGGCGACACCUCGACGUAUCUAAGUUUCCGUAGCAGAAAGGAUCGCAGACCGAGAAACAGAUCACGCAGCAGGGCCACCUCCAGAUCAAAGAGGACGAGAUCCCGCACGACGGUGCAAUCGAGGGACAGAAGUCGUAGAAGAGCAUCGCCCCUGGUUGGCGAUAGCCGUGGCGAGCGCAUCAUCGUCGAUCCGCCUGCUCCGCGCUACGCUCAAGAAUCGACCAUAUCCUCCGACAACGAGAUCGUUGUGGAAGAGGAGCACAGCGUUGUUUCUCCCCCGCGCCGUUCGCAACGCUACAGUCAGGAUCGGUCUCGUCGGGAGCCGCUGAUGGGAGACGGUUACCGAUCAAGGGACCGGUCAAGAGAAUACUCACCGAGAGACUACUCGCCUAGGAGGGAGAGCAGAAGAUAUAGUCGCGGUCGAUAG